GAGGUUACUGGUGGUGGCGGCGGCGGCGGCGGCGGCCCGGGCUCCGGCUGUCGGGGAAGCUGCUGAGCUGUGAUGGUGAUGACGAGGUGAAAAUGGCGGAUCUUUCGAAAUACAAUCCCGGCCCCUGACAUACCAGAGGCGGCGGCGGCGGCGACGUCGCCACCCCGGCUCCCUUCUCGGGCCCUGGGUACCCUGAAGCGCUCCAGUUUGGACAAACUGGGAAAGGAAGCUGUUGGCCAGAGCUAUCGUGCACGGGCAAAACAAGCCCCGCCGGGGCUCGGGAUUGCCCAGGACCUUCUGGAGCCCCCACCUCGGAGCCCGAGGGAGGAGAAAGCGGCAGCCGCUGGAGUGCCUGAUCAACUUUCUAGCGGGAGAACGAUCAUGGAGGUGGUGCCAGCCGAGGUGAAUAGUUUGCUUCCAGAGGAAAUAAUGGACACUGGUAUAACUUUAGUGGAUGAUGAUAGUAUUGAGGCUGUUAUUGUUUCAUCCCCAAUUCCCAUGGAGACAGAACUGGAAGAAAUUGUCAACAUAAAUUCUACUGGUGACUCUACAGCCACGCCCAUUUCCACGGAACCAAUCACAGUGUACAGUAACCACACUAACCAAGUUGCAGUGAAUACCACAAUUACUAAAGCAGAUUCUAAUACCACAGUGAAACCAGCUUUUCCAAGUGGCCUUCAAAAACUUGGUGCUCAGACUCCUGUGACUAUAUCAGCCAAUCAGAUUAUUUUAAACAAAGUAUCACAGACAUCUGAUCUUAAACUUGGCAAUCAGACCCUUAAACCAGAUGGACAGAAGUUAAUUUUAACAACUUUGGGCAAGUCUGGUUCACCAAUUGUUUUAGCACUACCCCAUAGCCAACUACCCCAGGCUCAGAAAGUUACAACUCAGGCCCAGUCAGGAGAUGCUAAGUUACCACCGCAGCAAAUUAAAGUAGUUACCAUUGGAGGGAGGCCAGAGGUGAAACCUGUCAUUGGUGUCUCAGCAUUGACCCCAGGAAGUCAACUGAUUAAUACUACAACUCAGCCCUCUGUGUUACAGACCCAACAGUUAAAAACAGUACAGAUUGCUAAGAAGCCUCGAACGCCAACCUCUGGUCCAGUAAUCACGAAGCUGAUCUUUGCAAAACCAAUUAAUAGUAAAGCAGUUACAGGACAGACAACUCAAGUUUCACCACCAGUCAUUGCAGGUAGGGUUCUUUCACAGUCUACUCCCGGAACUCCAUCAAAGACCAUAACAAUAUCUGAAAGUGGUGUUAUUGGAUCAACUUUAAAUUCUACAACACAGACACCAAAUAAAAUAGCCAUCUCACCUUUGAAAUCGCCAAAUAAGGCAGUGAAAUCAACUGUGCAGACCAUCACUGUUGGAGGAGUGAGCACAUCACAGUUUAAGACAAUUAUUCCUCUGGCAACUGCUCCCAAUGUCCAGCAGAUUCAAGUGCCUGGAAGCAAGUUUCAUUAUGUCCGACUUGUUACUGCCACAUCAGCCAGUAGCUCAACCCAGCCAGUUAGUCAGAAUCCCAGUACAAACACUCAGCCUCUUCAGCAAGCAAAGCCAGUGGUUGUUAAUACAACCCCAGUGCGGAUGUCAGUUCCAAUUGUCUCAGCUCAGGCUGUCAAACAAGUUGUUCCAAAACCAAUCAAUCCAACUUCACAAAUAGUAACUACUAGCCAGCCACAGCAACGGCUUAUCAUGCCUGCCACACCACUGCCACAGAUCCAGCCCAACCUCACUAACCUGCCACCAGGCACUGUCCUGGCACCGGCUCCGGGAACAGGGAAUGUGGGUUAUGCAGUGCUUCCAGCUCAGUAUGUUACUCAGCUACAGCAGUCUUCAUAUGUAUCAAUAGCAAGCAACUCUACCUUUACUGGAACAUCUGGUAUCCAGACCCAGGCACGGCUUCCAUUCAAUGGCAUAAUCCCAUCAGAGUCUGCCAGUCGGCCCCGAAAGCCCUGUAACUGUACAAAAUCACUGUGUUUGAAAUUAUAUUGUGAUUGCUUUGCAAAUGGUGAAUUUUGCAACAACUGCAAUUGUACUAAUUGUUAUAACAAUUUGGAACAUGAAAAUGAAAGGCAAAAAGCAAUAAAGGCAUGCCUUGACAGAAAUCCAGAAGCCUUUAAGCCUAAGAUUGGGAAAGGAAAGGAGGGAGAAUCUGAUCGACGUCAUAGCAAAGGAUGUAAUUGCAAACGAUCAGGAUGUCUUAAAAACUACUGUGAAUGCUAUGAGGCAAAAAUAAUGUGUUCCUCAAUAUGCAAAUGUAUUGGCUGUAAGAAUUUUGAAGAAAGCCCGGAAAGGAAGACAUUGAUGCAUUUGGCAGAUGCAGCUGAAGUAAGGGUACAGCAACAAACAGCAGCCAAGACGAAGUUAUCCUCUCAAAUUUCAGACUUGCUUACUAGGCCAACACCAGCUUUAAAUAGUGGAGGCGGAAAAUUGCCAUUUACAUUUGUAACUAAGGAAGUAGCUGAAGCCACAUGUAAUUGCCUCCUUGCCCAGGCAGAGCAGGCAGACAAGAAGGGAAAAUCAAAGGCAGCAGCGGAACGGAUGAUACUCGAGGAAUUCGGACGAUGUUUGAUGAGUGUCAUCAACUCUGCAGGAAAGGCAAAAAGUGACCCUUGUGCCAUGAAUUGCUAACUCUUGCACAAAAGACUGAUAAAUGGAACUGUACAGAAAAUUUAAGGUGCAGGGACACUUGAUUUUCUGCAAGAAAAACAAUUACUGUAUUUUAAUUCAGUCCUUGUUUUAAAAGACCUGAAAUUAUAAUACUGAAGAGGAAGAAAUUUUAAAUGAGGAAAUUAGUACAUUUUAAAUCUUAGUUAAAUCUGCUUAUGCCCCUUCUAAAUUGAAUUUUUCUUUAUUAUAUAGAUUUUUUAAUUUGCUUGGGUUUCUUAAGAAUUAGAUGUUCACUUUCUGAUACCUUUAACAAAAAAUGUUUAUAAAUUCAUAUAAUUUAUAAUGUAUGGUGUUGUAUGACUUUGUUAGUAGAAAAGCCAAAGCAGCAAUGGUUAGCACCCAUUCUUUGGGACUUGAUCUAGAAUAUAUGCAGACAGAAUGUUACAUAAACAAGUUCUUAUGAAACACAUUCAAAUGACAUUUUGUAUUUAGAAUAGGACUAUCUUUUAAAGAAAAAUCAGCCUUUCUGGGCAGAUUCUGGAAUAAUAUCCUGUUGUCACUUUGGGAAUGUCAGAAGGGGAAAUAAUCCCCAGGCACACUUUAAAAAAUUUUUAAAGUUAUUUAAAAAAAAAAACAUAUAAAAUAUUAAAGGACAGUAAAUAAUUCUCAGAGGAUGGGCAAUGUGUUUCUGUCAUAAGGAAUGGCUAACAGAUGCUCUGGGCUCUCUCCCUUUUCUUUCAAAGGGGUGGUAUGUAUUUGAAGAAAUAAAUUGUCAAAGUGAUUACUGGGUACUACUAAAAUGAUAGGUAGAUAUAAAUAGAAGUAAACAUAUUAUGUAGUGAUAAUAUAGAACCUAACAUAGUAAUCAAGUAUAAAAUUUGGCAUGGGUGGAGAAACAAAGACUAGGGAAGCUACAAAAGAUGAAUUUAGAGAAGUUUUCAUCUAUACAAUCAGUCAUUUUUAUAGACUUUUUUUUUUUUUUUUUUUUUUUUUUUGAGACAGAGUCUCACUGUGUAGCCCAGGCUGGAGUGCAAUAGUGCGAUCUCAGCUCACUGCAACCUCUGCCUCCCGGGUUCAAGCGAUUCUUCUGCCUCAGCCUCCCGAGUAGCUGGGACUACAGGCACCCGCCAGCAUGCCCGGCUAAUUUUUUGUAUUUUUAGUAGAGACGGGGUUUCACCGUGUUAGCCAGGAUGGUCUCAAUCUCCUGACCUCGCAAUCCGCCCGCCUCGGCCCCCCAAAGUGCUGGGAUUACAGGCGUGAGCCACCAUGCCCGGCCCUUUUUAUAGAUUUUGGAACUAAGAGGUUUCAGAUCAAUUCACAACUCUUACUUGAUUUACAGAAAUGGGCCUGCUAACAAAAUUUUCAAAAUUGCAGUGGGAUUUCUUUUUAUAAGGGAAGUUUAAUAUGACAUUAUUUUCAGCCAGUGAUUUGGAAGGUCUGUUUUCCUAUAAUUACUAAAAUAACCUAAAUCAUUUUCAGUAAUUCAAAAACUAUGAAUUUAAGAGCCUGCUGUAACAGGACUCUUGAUUUUAUGACAAGAAAAAACCAUGUUGGAAUUCAGGCAUUUUGUUAGGUACCUUAAUUGUCAGUAAUUAGUAUAUGAUUAUUGCAUUUCCUACAAGGACUCUAUAGUUGUAUGUAUUAAGUGUGUAUAUAUGUUCAUAUGAACACACAAGAUAUAGGCAAUAGAAAUUAAGUAAUCUAAAAGAGGAUUCCGUUAUUCACUAAAGUAUCUUCCUUUUAAAUUUGGAUUUAUAAAAUCAUAGUGCAGUAACUUUAAAUGUAGAUAGUGCAAACAUUCUUAGCACCUCAAUCUAGUAUGUUUAAUUAAAAUUUGUAUAAAUGUAAAUUAGUGUAAGAGGGUAAAAUAAUCAAGUUAUUUUUCAAAAGACUGCAAUAAGUUUUUGGUCUAAACUUAAACUUUGUUCAUUUUGUACAUACUCUGUGUUAAUUCUAAUUGCACCUUUGUGAUGUGUAUUUAUAUACAGUGUGCAGAAAAUGUUCGUGAAAUUUUGAUUACAAUUGUAGAUUAUGUAUGAUGGCAUUGCUUACGAAUGUUUUGCUUGUAAAAAAAUUUCAAGGUGCAAUCAAAUGCUACUAGUUUUUCUGAUUUUCAAAAAUCUAUCUAAAUCCUUCCUGUGUAGUACUUACUAAACAACUUUUUGUAUUCAGGCAUUUGCAUCAAAUUGCUGAACAAGAUGAACAGCCACAUUAAUUCAGUGAUUUUAAAAGACUAUUUGGGGAGGGUUGGGUAUAUAAUUUUUUAGCUCUAUUUACAUCCCAAAGUAGAAAGAUUAAAUUUAUAUUUACUAGAGCUAUUCAAAGAAUACACUUUUCUAUAUUGUAAAAACAGGACAGCAAAGUAAAUCAUACAGAAAAUAAACAUUUAUACUAUUCUGUAAAAAAAAAAGGUUUUGCAUUUUUUCUUUAGUUUAAUAACACCACUUUAACCAUUUAAUAUGCAAGAAACCUUUUAAAUUAUCUGAAGUAAAUUUGACAUUACUUCUGAAAACACACAACUAAAAUAUUCUACCAUUUUGCUCAGUUAUUACUAACAUAAAUUGCUUUGAAAUGAGAAUUUGUCUUCUCUUUCUUCCCUACUGUUUAACAACAGAAAUUCAGCUGGGCAUGGUGGCUCACGCUUGUAAUCCCAGCACUUUGGGAGGCCAAGGCGGGUGAAUCACUUGAGUCCAGGAGUUCUAGACCAGCCUGGGCAACAUGGUGAAACUCUGUCUCUACUAAAAAUACAAAAAAAUUAACUGGGUGUGGUGGCACACGCCUGUACUCCCUGCUAAUUGGGAGGCUGAGGUGGGAGGAUCACCUGAGCCUGGGGAGGGUGAGGCUGUAGUGAGUCAAAAUUAUACCGCUGUACUCUAGCCUAGCAAUCAGAGCGAGACCUUGUCUCAAAAACAAAAACAAAAAUACCCAGGAAAUCAAUCUACUCUGUCUUUUAAUGUGAGAUGUUCUUAUGAUAGCUAUCUUUCUCAGUUUCCUUUUUUCUGAAGCACUAAACACAACCUGUAGGUCUUAUCUCUGGGGUCUGGGAAACAGAACCUUAAUGUUACAGGUACAGGUACAAAAGCAAACAGAGUGAUUGGGGAGGUGGGAAGGACAUACUCCUUAGUUCCCCAUUUUCUGGUAGUGGACAACUGACAUUUUUUCAAUCUUAUGUAAAAUGUGAAUAAAAAUACUUUUAGAAAAGUUA